AUGGAGCUGUCGCUCAACCGAAGUCUACCCCCGGAGCUACAAAUCAUGCCCUUUCAGCUGCGCUGGAUAGAACGGAUCGGACUGAUUGGCCCUCGGGGGCGCGUCUAUCGAUUCUGGUUGGCGAUCGGGUGGGGCACUUUCGUAAUACUUUUCCCGAAGGCCGUCCUCGGGAUGGGCAGCUCGCAGCUGGACGCCAUUAUCAAGGGAACGGCGGAACUGCUGUUCGAGGGAAACUUGUUCGUGGCGGUCGGUUUGCUGAUGCUGAAACUGCCACUGCUGAAGCGGCUGGUACACGUGAUGGGCGAAAUCUUCCUACAAGUUACUCACGAUGAGCAGCGCCUCCGGCGCAAGGACCAAUGCUUCGAAUUGAUUUGCGUGCAAAAUUCCAAAAUCGACAGGUUUUGCAAGUUUUAUUUCAUCUACUGCUGCUUCGGACCGUUCGUUUUCUGCAUUCCGGCGACGGUAACGAACUAUGUGCGUUACUUCGGAGCCGGCAAUGAGUCGGAACAACUACAAUUCGAGCUUCCCAUGGAACAAGAAUUCUACGGGCUGUCGAUUCGCACAAACUUUGCACAUUACCACUUGUUUAUGGUUCUCUCGCUGUCGGCUUAUGCCGUCUGUUCGUACAUGUCGGUGAUCAAGGUUUCGACUCUGCUCAUCAUGGUCAAAUAUAGCUCAUUAUCCUACCGAUUGGUGGCCGUUGGGGUCCGCAAAUUGGCCCAUCUACCCUCUUUGGAUGGGGCAGCAGGUGGCGGCACCGAGCGGAAGCUGACCAUGAUGAAGGAAAUUGUGGAACUUCAUCGCAAAGCGUUAGAAGUGACGGAUCUGCUGGAGAACAUCAUCAACAUCCCGGUGGCGAUGCAAUUUCUAUCCUGUAUUCUUUUUUGGUGUUUGACAAUGUUCUAUGUAUCAACGAACAUCAAUUAUAACCUUUUUAAUGUGAUGAUCCUUUUCUGGUUAUCUUUGAUCGAAACCUUCGGAUAUUCUUAUCUGGGAACGGAGUUGACCCGAGAAGCGCAAGCAGUAGGACGAGCCAUUUACGAGUUACCGUGGUAUGAGGAAAACGCGCAGUUGCAACGAUAUUAUCGGUUGAUGAUUCAACGGACACAGCGGGAAACUGGGAUAACGGCGGCUAAGUUUUUCGUAGUCGGACUUGAUAAGUUUGGGAAGGUCAUCAAUUUGUCAUAUUCAUACUAUUUAGUUCUUAAAGAUGUGUUAGGGAGUCUUUAA